UUUUUUAUAAUAUGCAUUGAAGUAAUUCUUAAUAUAUGAAUAUGAAAUUCAUUUUAAAGGUGAGAAAUAACCCGACAUGUAUUGCUGAGUAAAACUCUUGUUACAGACACGCACGUAAUGGAUACCAACGCCGAUGAUUCAAAACUGGUGGUCCUCAUCACGGGUUGUUCCGGUGGAGGAAUAGGUCAUGCGCUUGCACGCUGCUUUGCCGCCAACAACUGUAUAGUGGUGGCCACCAGCAGGUCGCGUUCCACCAUGGUGGACUUGGAGGACGACCCCAAUUUCUUUCUGCAAGAACUCGAUAUUCAGUCUGAUGAGAGCGUGAAAAGAGUUGUCGAUAAUGUUAUCAAUAAAUACGGCUGCAUUGAUAUUCUUGUCAAUAACGCCGGUGUUCCGAGUGCGGGUCCAGUCGUAGAUCUUCCUCUAUCUGCGAUCAAAAACACCUUCGAAACCAAUGUUUUUGGUUCUUUGAGAAUGGUACAGGCGGUGGCUCCACACAUGGCAGCUAGGAGACAGGGAAAGAUUGUGAAUAUUGGCAGUCUGGUAGGGCUGGCCGCUAGACCUUGGGCGGGCUCCUAUGCUGCUUCUAAAGCUGCUCUUCAUGCUUUGACAGAUGCAUUAAGAUUGGAGCUUGGGCAUUUUGGAAUUGAUGUUGUGAAUGUUGUCUGUGGCAAUGUGAAAUCAAAUAUUGUAAAAUCUGUCCUAUCCACCCACGAUAGCAUGCCAGAGUGGAAACUGUUCAAGCCAUUUGAAGCAGGAUUCAGAGAGAGACUUGUUCGUUCUCAGAGCUCAAAAUCAACCCCAACUGAUGAGUUUGCCAAACACACUGUAGCUGCUGUCCUUAAGAAGAAGACACCUGCAUGGUUCUCCUAUGGUCAAUAUACUACUGUGAUGGCUAUCAUGUACCAUUUACCUCUUUGUGUUAGAGACUUUCUUUUUAAGAAAGACAUGAAACUCUGAACUACAUAUUAGAUUCUCAUUUUGGGAAAAUGUCUUGAUAUUAAGUCUUUUAAUUGUAAUAUUAGAUUUCAAUAAGGGUAGCUGUUGAGUUUUGGGAAGUUAUAUCAUUAUAUGCACGUAAGACACAAUUUGAUUGUGGAAAAAUAAAUAUUGACGCUGUUUUGUCAUGAUUUAACUCUGAUAA